GUUAAUUUAGCAAUCAAGAGCUCUUAUUCUUGCACAUUCAGGGGCUUCCCUCCAAAUAAGUAACAAUGAGUAACUCCCUACUUUUAAUCCAGCUUACCAUGCUGGUGUUGGCCCAUGCUACUUUCAUUGACCAACUUCUCGAUAAAGAAUGGCGAGAAUUCACCAAGGAGCACCGGAAGAACUAUCAGGAUGAAGAUGUAGAGCAACUCCGUUACAUGAUCUUCAACGAGAACCGAAUCAAGAUCACCGAGCACAAUCGGCGAUUCGCUAAUGGGGAGGUGAGCUACAAAAUGGCGAUCAACGAGUAUUCGGACUUGAUGAGCCACGAGUUUAUCGAAAUGAUGACCGGCCUCAGUUACAACGAGUACGAGGAGAUGAUCGCUUUUGAAGAGGGACUGACCUUCAUAUCACCAGAUCACGUGACCUUGCCCAAUUCGGUGGACUGGCGUUCCGAGGGAGCUGUGACCGGAGUCAAGAAUCAAAAGAGCUGUGGCAGCUGUUGGGCCUUCUCCACCACAGGGUCCUUAGAGGGUCAGCACUUUCGGAAGACUGGAAAGCUGGUCUCUCUCUCGGAACAGAAUCUGGUGGACUGCUCGGGAUCCUAUGGAAACAAAGGCUGCAGCGGUGGUUUCAUGACCUGGGCUUUCAAGUACAUCAAGGACAAUGGCGGCAUCGACACCGAGGUGUCGUAUCCCUACAAGGCCGUGAAUGACAAGUGUAAAUUCAACAGGGCUACGAUUGGGGCGACCGUUACCGGAUUUGUGGUACUACCAUCAGGGGACGAGAGGAAGUUGGCUGAGGCUGUGGCCACCAUAGGACCCAUUUCCGUAGGCAUACAUGUCGUUGCAGGAUCCUUCCAACACUACCACUCGGGGAUCUAUAUCGAGCCCAAAUGCAAUCCCAAGAUAAUUAAUCACGCUGUCCUGGUCGUUGGCUAUGGGUCUGAGGGCGGCAGGGACUUCUGGCUGGUGAAGAACUCCUGGGGAAGCAGUUGGGGCGACAAGGGAUACAUCAAGAUGCUGCGCAAUGGAAACAACCAGUGCGGCAUAUCCUCGCUCGCCUCCUAUCCAACAGUUUAAAAACUUAAGUAUAUAUUGGCAUUUUCCACUUGGCAAAUUCGUACGCUCUCU